CCCACUGACGCUUGGCUAGGGCGCAGGUAACUUGUAGCAGCGAAGGUUGGGCGCUGUAGCCCGUGGAGUCCACCGCGAGCGGCCGGGGCUGCCAGAGUCCUUGCGCCAGCAGGAUGUCCCUUGCUGCAAGCUACUGUGUUAUCUGCUGCAGAAGGAUAGGAACCUUUGCUCCCCGAUCAAAAAGUCACACAUCCUGGAGAAAUAUCCGAAAUAUUGUAAGAUUUACCGGAUCCCUCAUUGUAGGGGGUUCUUUAUUUAUUACAUACCAAGUGCUGGCCCUGAAAAAGUCUUUAACGUUGGAUACUCAGGUGGUUGAAAGAGAAAAAAUGAAGUCUUACAUCUAUGUGCACAAAGCUCUCGUGGACAGUUUAGACAACCAUGGGAUUGUUUGGCAGGCAAGAAAAGAACUUCACAGAGCAGUAAGGAAAGUGUUGGCGGCGGCAGCCAAGGUACUGCGGAGCCCAUUUGCUGGUCCCUUCAGCACAGUUGACAUAGAAGAUCAUGACUGUGCAGUGUGGCUGCUCCUGAGGAAGAGCCGGCAGGACGAUCUAGCAGCACGGCUGGAGGCUGUGCGGGAAAUGUCAGAGGCUCACCACUGGCAUGACUACCAGUACAGGAUAAUUGCCCAAGCCUGUGACCCGAGGACCCUUAUUGGUUUGGCACGAAGCAAAGAAAGUGAUCUUCGCUUUUUUCUCCCACCCCCUCCUUUGCCGUCUUUAAAAGAAGACUCCUCCACCGAAGAGGAACUCGGGCAUUUGCUGGCUUCUUUACCUCAGACAGAGCUUGAUGAGUGUCUCCAGUAUUUUACAUCAUUGGCUCUUAGUGAAAGCAGCCAGAGCCUGGCCGCACAGAAGGGCGGACUAUGGUGCUUUGGAGGAAACGGGCUUCCUUACGCAGAAAGCUUUGGGGAAACCCCCUUAGCCACAGUGGAUAUGCUCUCUCUAGAAGCCAUAGUAAAGCACUCAGAGAUACCCUCACACUGUGACUAUAUUGAAGCAGGCGGGGGCUUGCAACUCCUGCAGAGACUCUACCAGCUUCACAAGAACUGCCCCAAAAUACAGAGAAGUGUCCUGAGGAUCAUUGGAAACAUGGCUUUGAAUGAGCAUCUUCACCCUGCUAUCGUCCACUCAGGCUGGGUCUCUCUCUUGGCAGAAGCCUUGAAAUCCUGCGACAUUAUGGAGGCUUCCCACGCUGCCAGAACCCUGGCUAACCUGGACCGAGAAACUGUGAGUGAGAAAUACCAGGACGGAGUGUAUGUGCUCCACCCCCAGUGUCGGACAAGUCAGCCCAUUAAAGCCGAUGUCCUUUUUAUUCAUGGCCUUAUGGGAGCAGCGUUUAAAACCUGGCGCCAGCAUGACAGCCAGCGGGCUCUGACUGAAAAUGCUUUGGUGGAUGAAGACAGGUACACUACAUGCUGGCCCAAGACAUGGCUGGCCAAGGACUGCCCCGCUCUUCGUAUCAUAUCUGUGGAGUACGACACGAGCCUCAGUGACUGGAGGGCAAGGUGCCCUAUGGAGAGAAAGUCCAUUGCAUUCAGAAGCAACGAACUUCUCGGUAAGCUGAGAGCUGCUGGCGUUGGGAAGAGACCAGUGAUAUGGGUCUCACACAGCAUGGGAGGUCUUCUUGUCAAGAAGAUGCUGUUGGAAGCCUCUCAGAAGCCAGAACUGAGCGCUCUUAUAAACAAUACCAGAGGGAUAAUUUUCUACAGUGUCCCUCACCACGGAUCACAGUUGGCUGAAUACUCCAUUAAUAUUCGAUAUCUUCUCUUCCCCUCUCUGGAAGUCAAAGAACUCAGCAAGGACUCUCCUGCACUGAAGAUGCUACAGGAUGAAUUUCUGGAGUUUGUGAAAGACAAAGACUUGCAGGUGCUGAACUUUGUAGAAACACAACCAACAUUUAUCGGCAGCAUGAUUAAACUGCAAAUAGUGCCCGUGGAGUCAGCAGAUUUAGGCAUUGGGGAUCUAAUUCCUGUGGACGUCAACCACUUGAACAUUUGCAAGCCGAAGACAAAGGAUGCGUUUUUGUACCAACGUACUCUACAGUUCAUCUGUGAAACUUUAGCCAGAGACCUUGAAAACUGACAGCUACAUUCUUCCAUGUUUUUGUGUGAAUACAGUGCAGGAAACGUGGUGUUCUCCA